CCAACCAUGUGGGAGACUUCUAAUUAAUGCACACCAAAGAAGCCCAUCUUGAAAGCUUUCUCCUGUGUCCUACUGAUGGUUAGAGGUGCUGGGAAUGAAGGAACAAUUCAGGGACACGGAUGUGGCCAAGAAAAUAGGUCAUAUUCAGUUCGGAGUGUUUUCUGAGGAGCAGGUUCGCCAACAAGCGCACGUGCAUGUUGUGAGCAAGGCACUGUACACACAGGAACCCUCCCGCACACCCGUACCUUAUGGCCCCCUCGACCACAGAAUGGGUGUGAGUCAGAAGAGUGCCACAUGUCAGACGUGUGAUAAAUCUCUUGCGGACUGUAUUGGUCACUAUGGUUACAUCGACCUUGAGCUACCUGUGUUUCAUGUCGGCUAUUUUAGGAGCACUGUUGUCAUAUUACAGAACAUCUGUAAGACUUGCAGUCGUGUGCUACUCACUCGAACGGACGGACAGUCGUUCAUCGAGUUGCUACGACGACCAAACAUCUCCGUACUGGCCAGGAAAGCCGUCUACAAAAAAAUCAAUGAAAAGUGCAAAAAAGCGAACAAAUGCCCUCACUGCGAGGCAGUGUGCGGCACUGUGAAGAAGUGUGGCCUUCUUAAGAUUAUCCACGUCAAGUACAAAGACCCAACCUCCGCUCGUCAGAAAUCACCCCUAGAAGUACGAGAGUUCCGGGAAACUAUGGCAACGGUUGCCGAGGACAACAAAGAGCUGGCCCUCCACAUAGGCAAAGCUCAGGAGAUCCUCAAUCCACUCCGAGUGUUGUACAUCUUCAAGAGCAUAACGUCCGAGGACUACCCCCUGCUGGGUAUGUCAGUGCACUGUGGCUCUCCUGAAGACCUUAUUCUCACGCGGCUACUAGUACCUCCGCUCUGUAUUCGUCCCUCUGUUGUCUCUGAUACUCAGGCCGGCACCACUGAGGAUGAUGUCACCAUGAAACUGACGGAGAUUAUAUUCUUGAAUGAUGUUAUUCAGCAGCAUCGAUCGCAAGGGGUUAAAGUUCAAAUGAUAAUGGAAAGCUGGGACUUCCUGCAGCUUCAAUGUGCCCUCUACAUAAACAGUGAAAUGUCCGGCAUUCCCCUCUCAAUGGCCCCUAAGAAGUCAACGCGAGGUUUUGUCCAACGUCUAAAGGGCAAGACAGGUCGUUUCCGUGGCAAUCUGUCCGGCAAACGAGUAGAUUAUUCAAGUCGCACUGUGAUUUCCCCUGACCCUAAUCUACAGAUUGAUCAGGUGGCCGUUCCCGUCCAUGUUGCUAAGAUACUCUCAUAUCCCGAGCGUGUAACGGUGGCUAAUCUAGAGCUCAUGAAACGGCUCGUUAUGAACGGACCUGACGCACACCCGGGGGCAAACUUUGUGCAGCAGAGGGCGCAAUCGUUCAAGAAGUUUCUCAAGUAUGGAGACAGAAAAAAGGCAGCCAAAGAAUUGAGAGUAGGAGACACGGUUGAACGCCACCUCAUUGACGGUGACAUUGUGUUAUUCAACAGACAACCUUCACUACACAAACUCAGUAUUAUGGCUCACAAGGCCCGAGUCAUGCCUCAUCGAACCUUCCGCUUUAACGAGUGUGUUUGUACCCCGUACAAUGCUGACUUUGAUGGGGACGAGAUGAACCUUCACCUUCCACAGACAGAGGAGGCACGAGCCGAGGCUCUCGUCCUCAUGGGGACGAAGGCCAAUAUGGUUACUCCACGAAAUGGUGAACCUCUCAUUGCUGCUAUUCAGGACUUUAUCACUGCAAGCUAUUUGCUGACGCGUAAAGAUGUAUUUUUCGAUCGAGGACGAUUUUGUCAGAUUGUCGCCGCCAUGCUUCACGGGAAAGACAGAGGAACUAGAGUGGACUUACCUCCACCCGCUAUCGUCAAGCCGGUACGCCUCUGGACUGGCAAGCAAGUCAUCAGUGUGCUAUUGCGGCCUAACAAGGAGUCAAAGGUCGAGAUGAACCUACGUGCCAAGGGCAAACAGUACACCAAGAAUGAGGACCUUUGUUCCAAUGACUCAUUCGUGGUGAUCCACAACAGUGAGCUCAUGUGUGGAGCUCUGGACAAGUCCUCUCUUGGUUCUGGGUCAAAAACAAACAUCUUUUAUAUCCUCUUACGUGAUUUUGGUCAGCAAGAAGCGGCUGAUUGCAUGUCACGACUUGCACGCCUGUGUCCGUUCUUCUUAAGCAACCGUGGGUUCUCCAUUGGUAUCGGUGACGUCACACCAGGCAAGGGACUGGUCCGGGCCAAAGAGAACCUCGUUGAUAACGGGUACAGUAACUGCGAUGAUUUUAUCCAGAGCUUCAAGGACGGGAAGCUGCAAACACAACCUGGCUGCUCAGUUGAGGAGACUCUGGAGGCAGUCAUCUUAAGAGAGCUAUCUGUCAUUAGAGACAGUGCAGGGAAGGCUUGUAAGAAGGAGCUCCAUCACACAAACAGUCCACUCAUCAUGGCUCUGUGUGGAUCCAAGGGUUCCUUCAUCAAUAUAUCACAGAUGAUAGCCUGCGUGGGACAACAGGCCGUGUCCGGUAAGAGGAUGCCAGAUGGAUUUGAGGAUCGGGCACUCCCCCACUUCCCUCGGAGAUCGAAGGCCCCAGCAGCGAAGGGGUUUGUCAAGAAUAGUUUCUACACUGGGUUGACCCCCACUGAGUUCUUCUUCCACACCGUGGGGGGUAGAGAAGGACUGGUGGACACUGCCGUCAAGACUGCUGAGACUGGGUACAUGCAGAGGCGUCUUGUUAAGUCACUAGAGGACCUGUGCUCCCAGUACGACCUCACUGUACGUAACUCAGAAGGGUUCAUAGUUCAGUUCAAGUACGGAGGAGAUGGUUUGGACCCGGCCGCCAUGGAGGGCAAGGAUAAACCAGUGGAGUUCCAGCGUGUCAUGGAACAUGUCAAGGCCCGACACCCGUGUCUGGAGGAGUCUCCCCUCUCACCCUCACAGCUCUCCUUCCUCUGUCGCAGAUCGUUACAUUCUGAUCUAUUUAAGUCCUGUAACAAAGAGUUCACUAAAGAAAUCACCGAGUACAUGGAGGCUAUAACCAAAAAACUAGAAAAAACGUGGAAAACAUUUAAUCUAAAAGAUCCGUUCAAUUUAAAAGAUUCUGCUGCGCUAGAGGAUCUAGUCAGUCCAGUGGAGUCUUCCCAGCCCUCCAUUCUCUAUCACCUAGACCGUGUUACACGCACACAACUGGAGCAGUUCGUAGCGACGUGUUUGGAAAAGUUUAAUCGUGCCCAGAUAGAGCCAGGGUCUGCCGUGGGUGCAGUGGGAGCACAGAGUAUAGGAGAGCCUGGCACACAGAUGACACUCAAGACCUUUCACUUUGCUGGAGUCGCCAGUAUGAAUAUCACUCUUGGUGUCCCUCGUAUCAAGGAGAUCAUCAACGCAUCUAAGGCUAUCAGUACGCCCAUCAUCACGGCCCUCCUAGUGACUGACACUGACCCAGAGCAAGCUCGUGUUGUCAAGGGGAGAAUAGAGAAGACUCUCCUUGGAGAAGUAGCGAGAUAUAUAGAGGAGGUGUAUGAACCUGAUGGUUGCUAUGUCAAGAUCUGUCUAGACAUCAACCGGAUACAGCUGCUCAAGUUGGAGAUCAACACGUGGACUGUACAGUUUGCUUUAUGCUCAGCUCCAAAACUAAAGAUCAAGCAAAAGCACGUAUCCAUUCGGUCUCGUGCAGUGAUGUACGUGUAUCCACCGGAGAGCAACAAGACCUCGCUCUAUUACAGUCUACAGGCACUCAAGUUACAGCUCCCCUCGGUGGUUGUCAAGGGAAUUUCGUCAGUAUCCCGUGCUAUCAUUCAUGUGGACGAGGGCAAACAGGGGUCAAAGUACAAACUACUCGUCGAAGGAAGCGACCUCUGUGCUGUCAUGGCAACCAUGGGCGUAGCAGGUACAAAAACAACGUCCAAUCAUACGGCAGAAGCAGAGAAGGCUCUGGGCAUCGAGGCAGCAAGGCAAACUAUUAUCAAUGAGAUAGUGUAUACAAUGGUCAACCAUGGUAUGAGUAUUGACGCUAGGCACGUCAUGUUACUGGCCGACCUUAUGACCUUUAAGGGUGAAGUACUGGGUAUCACAAGGUUUGGACUGGCCAAGAUGAAGGAGAGCGUACUCAUGUUAGCCUCUUUUGAGAAGACAGCUGAUCACUUGUUCGAUGCUGCCUACUAUGGUAAAAAGGACGCUAUCACAGGAGUGAGUGAGUGCAUCAUUAUGGGUAUUCCCAUCUCACUGGGGACUGGAAUAUUCAAGCUACUGCAUAAACCGACCACACCAGCCAAGCCUGCACGCAGAGAACUGCUCUUUGACUGCCCUGAGUUUCACUUGCAAGAACUGACAAAUUGUUAGGACCUUCCCUUACCUAGCAUUAACUGUGUGUGUGCUUUAAUACAUGUGUUGUGUUAACGCUCUUUACCUAAUAACUAAUUUCAAAGUAAA